UGGGUCCUCUCGGGGCCGGGCGGAGAGGGCUGGGGGCGGGGCCCGGAGGGCACCCCCGGGGACGCAGCACGGCUGGGGCAGGCGCCCGCUCCCUGACGUCGUGGAGGGUGGAGGAGCGCGUCUAAGAGGAACCUGGACCCGGGGCCCUGGGCGCCUUGAAUCCUGCUUGUCUAUGAAAUGCAGUUAACACAUCGGCUGGACCUAUUUCCUGAAUGCAGGGUGACCCUUCUGUUAUUUAAAGAUGUAAAAAAUGCUGGAGACUUGAGAAAAAAGGCCAUGGAAGGUGCUAUUGAUGGUUCAUUAAUAAACCCUAAGGUGAUUGUCGAUCCAUUUCAGAUACUUGUGGCAGCAAACAAAGCAAUUCAUCUCUACAAAUUGGGAAAAAUGAAGACAAGAACUCUAUCAACUGAAAUUAUUUUCAACCUCUCCCCAAAUAACAAUAUUUCAGAAGCUUUGAAAAAAUUUGGUAUCUCAGCAAAUGACACUUCAGUUCUAAUUGUUUACAUUGAAGAGAGAGAAAAACAAAUAAAUCAAGAAGACCUAAUAUCUCAGGUUGAAGGUCAUCAAGUUUCUCUGGAAAACCUUCCUGACGUAACAAAUAUUACAGAAGUCAAAAAGAUAUAUAAACUAUCUUCACAAGAAGAAAGUAUUGGAACAUUAUUGGAUGGUAUCAUUUGUAGAAUGUCAACAAAAGAUGUUUUGUGAAAUGAUAGAAAUAUUUAAAAUCUUCAGCAUUUAUAAAAAUAACAUGGAUUUUUCUUUCUUGAUUAUUACAUAUGUUCAGUGGUAGAAAACACAAUGUUACAAAAAGAAAAAAAGCCACUACUGGUUUCUCUCUUAAUUUUUUAAAAGAUAGCCACUGUUGCUGUCAUGUGUUGUCUUCUAGUCUUAUGUUUCUAUUCAAAUAUAUUUCAUCUUUAUGUAAUUGGAAUAA